UCUCCAUUGGUAAUAUUGGAGGAGAAGAAGAAGAGAAACCAACAAGAAUAACUAAAGAUCAUUUGCAACCUACCAUUUCUUUCAGAACUUUUUCUUCACAAAUUCUUUCACCAUUGCUGACCCGAGUGGACCGACUCUCGGGUCGAUUCACGAAGGCACAGCAGACAUCUCAUCAUUCCAAGGAGAGUUAGCAUUUCAUUUUUCUUUUCUCGCUGAGUUCAUUUGAAGUUCCCAGGAUUGAUAAGUUUCACCAAGGAGAGAAGGAGAAGGGUGAUGGGUUGCUUUCCAUGUUUUAGAUCAUUAAAUGUGAAGGAUGAGUCCCCAAAGAAGUCAGAGGUGCCAAAAGAAGGGAAUGCGCUUGCCUCUCUUGUUCAUAACAUCUCACUUGAAUCAGAUACCAGCAACAAGCAUAGGAUCGCAGCUGAAGAGAUCUUAAGAAUUGGCAACAAUGGGAACAACUCAGCUCGGGUGUUCACAUAUGCUGAGCUUCAAGCAGCAACUAAGAACUUCAAAGCUGAAUGUCUUCUUGGUGAAGGUGGAUUUGGAAGAGUGUACAAAGGGCACCUUGAGGAUACCAAUCAAGAUAUUGCUGUCAAGCAGCUUGAUAGGAAUGGCUUACAAGGGAAUAGAGAGUUCCUUGUUGAAGUACUGAUGCUUAGUCUUCUUCAUCAUCCAAACCUUGUUAAUUUGAUUGGAUAUUGCACUGAUGGUGAUCACAGAAUUUUAGUUUAUGAAUACAUGCCAAAUGGUUCAUUGGAGGAUCAUCUUCUGGAUCUAGCUCCAAAUAAGAAGCCAUUGGACUGGAAUACAAGGAUGAAAAUAGCUGAAGGUGCAGCAAAAGGCCUCGAGUAUCUGCAUGAUAUAGCGAACCCACCAGUAAUCUAUCGAGAUUUCAAAGCAUCUAAUAUACUUCUUGAUGAAAACUACAGCCCAAAAUUAUCUGAUUUUGGUCUAGCUAAGGUUGGACCAAUUGGAGAUAAGAGCCAUGUAUCAACAAGGGUGAUGGGCACCUAUGGCUAUUGUGCUCCAGAGUAUGCAUUAACAGGUCAAUUAACAACGAUGUCUGAUGUGUACAGUUUUGGAGUUGUGUUUUUGGAGAUCAUUACAGGAAGGAGAGCCAUAGACACAUCAAGACCAUCAAAUGAGCAAAACCUCGUUCAGUGGGCAGAACCACUCUUUAAAGACAAGAAGAGGUUUGUGGAAAUGGCUGACCCCUUACUUGAAGGGAAUUACCCUGUAAAAGGUUUGUAUCAAGCUCUUGCAGUUGCAGCAAUGUGUCUUCAAGAAGAAGCAAGCUCCCGCCCACUAAUCACUGAUGUUGUAACUGCUCUUGAGUAUUUAGUUGUUUCAAAGAAUGAUAAAAAAGAAACUACUCCACAGAGAUUGCUCUCUCAAGGUUCAAAGACACUGGAAAAUACUAAUAGCAACAAUCAAGAGGAAGACCUUAGGCAAACAAACAACGAGGAGGAAGGGACAGUACAAGAAAUCUUUUCAUCCUCAAGAAGAGAAGAGGAAGAAACUUUAGAAAGGUCUUAAGACCAAAGAAUUUGGUCUUAAGACUAAGUACAAGAAACCUUCUCAUCAUCAAGAAGGGCAGAGGAAAAUACUAGCACAAUAUGUAUAAGACCAAAGAAUUUGGGCCAGGUGCUCAUCAAGAGCAAGACCUACUGCUGCUUCUAGUUAUUUAUGCUUUGGAACUUUUUAAGUGCUUUGGAACUUGUAAUGUAAUGGUAUCCACGUUCAUGUUUCAUUUGAUGAGUUUUGCAUUUAUCUUUUACUUCGAGUCACUCUUUAUAUAGGGAACUUUAUACUCUUCAAAUGUUACUAAGAUGUUCCAUG